UCGACGGAACUGCAUUUCCUCGCCACCACGCCCACCGCCCUGCCUCGCUUCCACGACCACAACCCUCCCUCGCCAUCGCACCGUGCUGCCCCUUUCGCACUUGGUUUGACCCAAUAAAACCACAAUACAAAGUUAUAAAUAUAUAAAUUAUUUCCUUCAUUUCUAAAUUUUCCCCUAUUCCCUCUUCUAAACAAGCCUUCAAAUUUUGAGACGAUCGAUGCGCCGCUGAAUUGUUAUACGAACUUUCGAUUAAAGUCAGUGUCAUAGCAACUCUCGUAUGUUAGAAACCAUGAUCGUUUAUGUGAGAAGAGAAAGAAAGAAAACAGUUAUGGUGGGAGAUGACCCUUAUGCUUCCCCAAUUUUAUGCACUAUGAGAGAUCCCAACAACUGUAGUGAGAUAAAUAACAUGAAGGUGGAUGAUGUAAUAAACAUCUCUGAAAAAUUGAACAACCAGACAGAGACAAGGCCAAAACAGCCUAAUAUUGGUUGUGGACAUCUUCAGUUGAUGGAUGGCGCUGCAACGAAAACAGAGACAAGGCCAAAACAACAUAAUAUUGGUUGUGGACAUCUUCCGUUGAUGGAUGGCGCUGCAACGAAAACUACUAAGCGUAAAAGAGUUACCGCUAAGGCUGUACAUUGUCGAAGGUACAAAGAUGCAAUGAAAGCUCUGAUGAAGCCGCAUAGUAGUUAUAUGUUGUUAUACGAGCCACAUCUUGUUUCAAAAUCAAAAGGUUCUAGCAAGAAGAAUGUGACAAUGACAUUGAAAUCCACACUACAACAAAGUAGACCAGAGAAGAAUCCCACCAAAAAAGAAGCACAAUUUAGACCAUUCUCACAAAAUGUCAAAACUCUAACAGCUACUGGUAUGCUUGACGGGGCAGCUGUGCAGUAUCUUUCUGCAUCAAGAGAGAAGGUGCUUCGUGGAAUUAUCAAAGGCUCUAGCUAUCUUUGUGGUUGCAACUCUUGUAAUUACUCCAAGGUGGUAAAUGCUUACGAGUUUGAGUGUCACGCGGGCUGCAAAACAAGUCACCCGAACAAUCACAUACACUUGGAGAAUGGCAAGACCCUCCAUUCGGUUGUUCAGGAGUUGAAGAAUAGACCACCAACUAUGUUAUGUGAUGCCAUUCAGGCUGUGAUCGGCCCUUCUCUGAAUCGAGACGCUUUCAAUUCUUGGAAAGAAUCAUUUGAAGCAAUAAUGAGAGUCUGAUUCAGGUGAAGUUGGGAAAAUUCUCUCUUUCCACCAGUUGAACACAUCAAAUGCCAUUUGUUUAUGGACCUGAACUGAGAAUUUUGGUGUUGGUAGACCUGAACUUGAGACUUUUAGCGUUGGGUAGUAAUCACUUUAUCACUA